CCCUUUGUCUUGUAGGUGUGGUCACCACCACCCCGGCCACCAUGGGCAAACAGAACAGCAAGUUGCGCCCUGAGGUGCUGCAGGACCUGAGGGAGAACACGGAAUUCACUGACCAUGAGCUGCAGGAGUGGUACAAGGGCUUCCUCAAGGACUGCCCCACCGGCCACCUGACCGUGGACGAGUUCAAGAAGAUCUACGCCAACUUCUUCCCCUACGGCGAUGCCUCCAAGUUUGCGGAGCAUGUCUUCCGCACCUUUGACACCAACGGAGACGGCACCAUCGAUUUCCGGGAGUUCAUCAUCGCGCUGAGCGUGACCUCCCGAGGGAAGCUAGAGCAGAAGCUCAAGUGGGCCUUCAGCAUGUACGACCUGGAUGGCAAUGGUUACAUCAGCCGCAGCGAGAUGCUGGAGAUUGUGCAGGCUAUAUAUAAAAUGGUGUCCUCAGUGAUGAAAAUGCCCGAGGACGAGUCCACUCCAGAGAAACGGACAGACAAGAUCUUCCGACAGAUGGACACAAACAAUGACGGCAAACUGUCCCUGGAAGAGUUUAUUAAAGGUGCCAAGAGUGACCCUUCCAUCGUCCGACUGUUACAGUGUGACCCCAGCAGUGCAAGCCAGUUCUAA